AUGGACAAGCGCAUUAUAUCAAGAAAGGAGCGUGAGCAGGUGGAGCUACGCAAGUUACCCGAAGACCUGCGUCGUAAAAAGGAAUGUCGCAAAGUAAUUCGGCAGAUUCUCAAGCAGCGCAAGGCUCUUAGUUUUCCUAGUGGCGAAGAUCCAGGUCGAGACGACGACGACGACUGCGCUGAGCGCGGCAUCCAGCAAAUUGAAGCACGGCUUAAUCAACAGCUGCAGCAAGGCCACAGGCCCUUGGUUCCGUUGAAACUCGCGACUUACAUUCUUACAGCGAAGAGUUUCAUCAAGGAUACUACAGGUGGGGAUGGAAACUGCAUUCACGAUGGUUUGGUCCAUGACGAUGCGCCCGGUCGAUUGUACAUCGAGAAAAUUUCGAGACAAGGAGACGACGUUGAAGUCAAGGCGAACUUGUGGUUCAAGCUAGGUACGAGGACCUGCCUCAAAGAGCAGGUUGAAUUUACUGGAUCGUGGCCAGAUCUCGAAAUACCCGCACUUGAAGAGAUCUCAGUAAAAUUCUGUGACGAAUCGCAGGUCCGUUACAGAGGUGCAUCGCAGAAACAGAAGGAGAUGAACCAAGAGUCAAUGCGAAUCACUCUCGUCUUCCUCCGCGACGGCUACUUGAGUAUGAGAGCUCAGGCGGUACCAUUCUACACGAUAAGGGAAGAUAUUGAGUUCUAUGGCAUCAAAACGAGUAAAAUAAAGGAAAGAGACAGCGGACUAAUUGAGCGUCUCGAGGACAGCGACCCUGAGACAACUGAGCCCAGCGACGAAGACACCACAGACAGCGAAAGCGACAGCGACAGCGAUAUUUGGUACAGCGAUUACGACAAGGCACGAGCAAAACACGCGAAGCAAGAAGCGCGUGGCAAAGCCAUCGAAGCAUGGCUUGAGGAACGCAUCGCUUCAGGAGAGGAAGAAACCGUCGAAAGCAUGGAAGCACGCAGAACAAGUCUGGAAGAUUAUAAUCAAGUUCUCAAGUGGAAUCUCUGGUCUACUUCAUAUCUCGACAUGCUCGUCGCUAAAAAAGGCUGGCGAACUGAUAAUGAAUUGUUCCACGGCGGCGGUUGCGGCGACUUCAGCAUCACAACAUACGGCCGGGUGGACGGUAGGCCUGCUAAGGGCACCCUGACUCUUCCGCCGCAGUACGAUCACUUCCCAGGCGAUCUUAAGUGGACGAUGGAGAGAAGCGUUGUAAACUCUAAGCGACUUAACGCCAUCAUGUCCACCGAAGACUCGCCGCACAAACUGAAGUUUCGCAUAUGCUUUGUUGAGAAUGGGCAUAUGAAGAUACGCAUUCCAGCUCACGAGAUCAGAGGAAGCAGAGAAAACGGUCUCAUCGACUUCUACGCUAUCGCUGAGGACUUGCCAGGUUUUCGUCCUCAUCAAAGGCGGCGUGGUGUGGUUAGAGAGUGGUGGGGAAAGACGCCUGAUGGACUGGUGUACAACCCGCCUACCGGCGCUAUAGAAGACAGUCUGAUCAAUGGACAGUGGGAUAGGAAGACGUGCGAAAGGAAGACGUGCGAAGACUACCGCAUCAACCGCAUCGACCGCAUCAAUUGCAUUAAGUGCUACCAAGAUGCCAUGAAAUUCUAUUCUAACACGGUACAGUCUUUCGAUGGUAAAUACGAGAAUCUCUAUUUCGAAAGAUUCAUCGCCGGAAUGCGCGACGAACUACUGGAGGCGGGCGUUCAUCGGUCGAUACUUGAUUUUGUAGUGAAAGAGCACGUGGGCCGUUUGAAGGAGGCUCGUUCUGCAAAAUCUGCUGUUAGAGAGGAACUGGCAUUGCCAGAAAAAGGCCAGCAGUAUCACGCAACGCACACCGUACACCACGACACCGAAACGAGCGAAAACGCGCCCGCGUCGGCACCACUUCCCGAGCAAGAUGAGCAUGUGAGCCGUGAAAUUGAGCGGGCGUAUUGGGCCGCCUUACCAGAUGAAGAAAGCGAAUCAGACUCAAAACCAGACGAAGACGUGCUAGACGACAGCACUCCGACUCACCACGACGUGCGUAACACCGCGGCUGAUCUAGAAGCAGAGAAACUAUCGACCUUCUCACAACAUCUAGAAUGGAUCUCCAAAGGAUGGGCUGUGACUCGUUGGCUCAUAAAAGAGAAGGCGCAAGGUAGAGAACAUCCCGUAGGAAACAUCAAGGGUGAAUGGGUUCUCUACUCCGAUAAGCACAUUCAGCUUCGGCCAAGAACGUGCAAGGAUGUUUUAGAUCGAACAUUCAAACCCGGGAGGCUCGUCAUACGAGAUUGCGUUGGCGAAGACAAGAUUAAGCUGUCAUUCCAGAUGUUUUAUCCAAUCAUCACACCAGUUCUGGAUUUCGGGAUACAGAAGGUCGAUGUGCCAUUUGUGGUCGAGGAAGAGCCUGUUUAUUGCGAAGACGAGACAGGGUUUACGAAGGGCCUGCGCUUCCUAGGCAACGGAUACCUUACUCUACACAUGCCAGCGAGUUUGGUAGGAGGCGAGGGCUCAGAUAUGGUCGAAUUCUUUGCUGUUUCGCGCAACAGGGACGAACACGCUCGCGAGAUGGAAUGGGCAAGGGGACAUUAUGGAUGGGUUUACCGACCAUACGGAAAGGAAGCGGAGCCGGUAACUUUGGCAAGCCCAUUCCAGGAGAUAAGGGCGCCUGUGACUCAGACAAGAAGGUCAUACGAGGAAGACGACUAUGAUCUCGAUGACGGCUUCUGUUAUUACGAGGAUAAGGAAAUGCAGUGUUGCGAUGAUGAUUGUCCGAAGCAUAGUCGCAUGGACGAGAGGGAGUGGUAA